UCAGUGAACCAAAGACUAUAUAGCCGCCCAACACUCCCCCGGUUUUUGAACCCUUUCUAUUUCUUGAUACACUGCUUGUUUGAGAUUUCCUUUUAGUCUCCCUUUUUGUUCUAUUUUCGUCUUCUAGUGUUUCGUUUGGCUGGUCCAGACGAGUGCUAUUUUUUGAGUCUUCCUAUUUUUGGAUCUGCAUUACGUCAAUAAUAAUAGUAUCAUUUACACGCCCUGCGUCUAAGAGACCCUUCGUUGACCGAAGUGAAUCGCUAGCGCUUUUAAUAUCCUUUUCCAUUACUUUAAAUCUCCUUCGCUCCCCCCCAAAGCUGUAUCCAACCUCCACCUCCACAAUGAUCCCCACUGCUCGUGCAGCCGCAAGACCCAAGUUGAGUCUCAGCAUUUCUGCUGCGCAGAAUACCUCUCGGCCUACAUUGUCGCUCAAGUCCCCGGGUCCUCUCCCCCGGACUCCAAUCUCCCCGUCUGCUCCCAGUCCAGCUUCCUCCCGGUUCUGCUCUCUUCAAGUGCCGAGUUAUGGAUACGUCAACUCGUGUUCCUCAAAGAGCAUUCUCAAAAAACAAUCAACAGCGGUCGCAGCUGGCAACGUUAACAAACGGAUCCAGUUUAAAGGCACACCGACCGUCCACUGUGUGACGCCCAUUGAGAACCCCGAGGAAUACUACGGCACGCACACCAAGAUGUCGCGCGAAGAGCGGCGUUGGAUGGUGCGCGAAUGAACGAUCACCAGUAAAACUCGAUGAACCACACCUACGCAGACGGAACGAGAGGACUACUCGGAGUUCGGGGGCUCUUCAUCCAUUGAGAGCCCAUCUCCCGCGACUGUACCCGGCCCUAAUUUUGGAUUGACAAUGCAACUUGCAGCACAAAUGCAGCAGAGCCUGUGGAGGACCGUCCGCGCAGAGCGUCGGACGUCCGGUACAAAAGUCAAGGAGAGGAACGUCCCUAUUGGAAAGGAGGGUAGUCUAUCAAUGUAUAUAUGAUCCUAUUAUGUUUAUGAUGUGAUGAUAAGAUCCAUACCAAGUAUAGCAUGAGUGAGCAUUAGCCUGGAGAAAUCCAAUUACAGUCGUUACGCUCCAUCACUUGCGUCCAGACCCGUAAUGUUGUCAAUAUGGGUACUCAUUCAUGUGCAGCUCUAACGCCUGUUUUUACUUGUC